GGUCCCCGCAAGAUAGUGAAUUCUUCCGAGAGAAUGACCAAUAUCAAUGAGUUCAAUGUGUACUUUGGCACCGAUUCGCUGAAGAAAUACUUUGACCCGGAUUCUCAGCCCCCUCUGCCUCUGGUAGAGCUUCCGCCUCAUCUGAACCCAUAUCAUGAAGAUGGAGUGCGGAUAUAUGCUAAGAUGAUGACGAUGCACCCGGCCAACAAUGUUAAGGCGAUGCCAGCUUUGAACAUGCUUGAAUCUAGUGUUGUCCCUGGCGAGACGGAUCAGAUCAUCGAAUAUAGCUCCGGAUCAACGGUGAUUUCAAUGUCCAUGAUUGCUCGAGUCAUGCAUGGAGUGAAUGAUACUCGGGCGUUCCUGAGCAACAAGACUAGCGAUGCAAAACUGAAAUUGAUGCAAUUCUUUGGCCUUGACAUUACCUUGUUUGGUGGACCAUCUCAGCCCGAGCCGCUGGAUGAGCGAGGGGGUAUUCAAAAUGCUCGAAGAAUGGCUCUGGAAUCAGAGAAAAUCGUCAAUCCCAACCAAUACGAAAACAGGAACAACUGGCAGUCUCACGUGCGAUGGACUGGGCCGCAGAUUUUCAAGCAGCUGCCUGAAAUAAAUGUUCUAUGUGCUGGAAUGGGCACUUCUGGUACCAUGACCGGACUCGGGACAUAUUUCAAAGGCGUGAAGCCAUCGGUCUACCGUCUUGGUGUCUGCACAACUCCAGGUGACCGGGUCCCUGGCCCCAGGUCAUAUGCUCUUAUGCGCCCUGUGGAAUUCCCCUGGAAAGCCGCCGUAGACACCAUCGAGGAGGUUGGAUCGGCCGAAUCUUACACCUUGUCUUUGAAUCUAUGUCGAGAGGGAUUAGUCUGUGGUCCCUCCUCCGGGUUCAACCUUCAAGGAUUGUUCCAGACACUGGCAAAGCGCAAAGCCGCUGGAACCCUAUCUGGGCUAGCAGGACCCGAUGGAACGACACACUGUGUUUUCCUCUGCUGCGAUCUGCCGUACCAGUACAUCGACGAGUACUUCCAAAAGGUGAACAAGCAACAGUUCCACCCAAUCCGAAAUGAGCGCCUGACAAAGGUUGAUCUGCACCGAUAUGACGAGAGUUGGGAGCGGGAUGCACUGGACGUGCUACCGGAAUUUUAUGGAUCCCCACGGUCCCUUGCGCAAAGCCUACUGAGCGAGAUUAUCCUUAAACCACAGAAUCGAGUUCUGGAUCUGCGCCAGCCAGGCGAUUUCUAUGCGUGGCACCUCCCCGGUUCGAUGAACCUGCCAUUGUCAAGUGUUGCGCCUCACAGCCCAUCGCCGUUUUCGGACCCGGGGGUGUUGGAAGCGCAGUGGGUGGAGCUGGAGAAGAUCUUCAAGGAUGACGUCUUGGUAUCCGAUCUUGGUAGGCAUCACGUUCUUGUGGUAUGCUACGAUGGGGACUCGGCACGCGUGGCCACCAGCGUUCUUCGAGCGAAGGGCCUCGAAGCAGACAGCGUGCGUGGAGGCCACCGUGCACUAAGGAUGUAUGGAAUCGGGAGCGAGAAUUCCAUCUCCACCAAGAUGCCUCUCGGGACCACUGUUUCCGUUGCGGUGCCCCUUGAGUAA